UCUGUUCUUCAGUUGAGCAGGCAAAGUCAAAGCAUGGCUUUCUCCCAAUUAAAAUUUCAAUUCUCAACCCAUUUCUGUCCACUGCUGGACAUAGGUGUUUCCAAAGGCAUGUCACUAAGCCUGAUAUUCAGCUCUUCUUACCUAACUACUGCCAGACACCUGAUGCCUAUAGACAGUUUACCUAGCAGGAGACCUAUAUAAUGUCUGCCUAGACAUGAUCUCAAACUGCCAACUACACUUCAGUUUGUCCUUUACAUAAAAUUGUAGUAAGUGUAUUGAGCUGUAUGGCUGUGUGUCAUCAAACUGGGUCUCAAAUAUAAUAUUUAAACAUCAGCAUAAAGUUAUAUUAUUCCUCCCUCCAUGAAAUAUAGUUAUGUGUUACUCACCUGUUAUGUUAUGUUUUAUUUAUUUACUGAAGGCUAGAGUUUAAGUAGUGAUUCUGAAAUCCUUUUAUUUAAUUUUGCUUAAUUAAUGAGUUUUUUAAAUUUAAGGCACAUCAAUUGCUUAUAUGUUGCACAAUUUAAAUUUCUGCCUGUUGCAUGAUUGUAACCUUUCUAUUACUAUGUUAGUGAUUCUUGAUUUUAACUCUUCUUGUUUUUCUAAAGGUAAUAAUAAACUCAUAGUCGUACCUAGAUCUUUAAAGAACUUUUUAACUUUAUCAUCACUCAUUUCUUCAAUAUUUUCUAGCUCUUUUCUGUUAGUCUGAACAGCAUUCUCCAAUGUUAUAUGCUCUUCACAAGCCUCAUCUUCACUUAUUGUACUUUCAACCUCCAUUCUUUCAUCUCUACUGUUUUUACUUUCUUCCUUUAUGUCAUCUUCCAGCAUAAGUUCACUAUGUAAUAAUUUCAUUGCUUUCUUCUUAUAUUCUAAAAACGUUUUUUCAUCCCAGACAUCAUCAAUUGUGCUUUCAGCUACCAUAGUAUCACAUUCAGUGUCAUUUUCAACAAUUUCUUCCUUUAUGUCAUCUAUCAGCAUUACUUCACUGUGUAAAUUUAUAUUUUUGUUCAUAAUUUCUAAUGAUCUAUUUUUUUUACAUGCAUCAUCAUUUAUUUCCAUUACAGUGUUUUCUUUUAUGCUUUCUACCUCAAAUUCAUCUUUCAGUAUAACUUCACUAUGUAAAUUCAUAACAUUCUUCAAAUUUGACAAUGUUUUAUUUUCUUCAUAAGUACCAUUUUCAUUUAUUAUGUGUUCAUGCUCCAAACUUUUAUUUAUGGUAGCAUUUUUUAUAUUUUCUUCCUUACUAUUGCCUCUCAUCAUAGAUCCACCAUGUAAUUUUAUUUGAAUAACUUUCUUUAAAUCUAGUAAUGAUAUAUUUUCAUCCCAAGAAUCAUCUUUAUUUAUUGUGCUUUCAACUUCUAUAAUUUUGUUUGAACUAGUAUCUUCAUUAACAGCAUCUUUCACUUUACAUUGUAAUAAUUUUAUUUUCUUAUCUACUGUAUUAGAUUGGUUAUUGAUUACUUUGUUUAGCUUAUAGUUUAUCAAUUUUUUUAUUGUUUUCUGUAGGUAAUAAAUAUCAUCAUCUUCAAUAUCCAAUUCAUUGUUAUUUUCUUUUUGCCGUUCUAUUAACAUCUCAAUAAUGUCAAAAUGUGAGAUUAUAUCUUUUACUUUAGACCCAUGUUUAUUUUUUAAAUGAAGAACUAAAUUGCUACCCCACUUAUUUACAGAUGGAGGCAAAUCAGUUUCAGUAAAUGUUUUACAAUAAGGGUCUAAAAAUGUAAGAGAUCCAUCAAAAUACAUGUUCACAUUUGGGUCCGAUUUUAUUUCAGAUAAUGUUAAUUUUCCAGAUUGUAGUAAGAGCAAUAACUUUGCGUACCUAUUUUUUAUCUUGCACCACAUAGUACUGCAUGUAUGUCUUGGUAUGGAUGUUUUUUGAGAAAUUAUCUUCCAGUCACAUAUUUUUUGUUGUUUUGCAAAUAAUGAAAAUACAUCUGCACCUUUAGAACCAGCAUAUGAGUAAUUUUUUUUUACUUCAUUUAUCAAAAUUCGUUGUUUAGUAGACCAUGCUUUCCAUCUCACUUUUCUUAUAUUAUCUUCUUUUUUUAAUGGCGACAUUCUUUUACUUUACUCUAGUAGUCAGUGUUUUGGUACUUUCGUCACAAUACAAAGGCAAUGUUUUGCUAGAUUUCUAACAGGGGGGGGGGGGGGAC